AUAAAAUGUAAUUAUAAAUCCAAUCUUUGCCCAACUCAAUAUACAAUAACGUCUCUCUCUCUCACACACAAAGUUCAUCCAGAGCCAUGGUUUCUGCCGAUUUAGCUCGCAUUGUAAUUGGUGUCAUCGGUAACAUCAUUUCAAUCAUUUUGUUCUUAUCAACGGUGCCAACGUUUCAUAGAAUAUGGAAAAGAAAAUCGGUGGAAAGGUUUUCACCGGUGCCAUAUUUGGUGACCUUUGUGAAUUGUGGCCUAUUGGUCUUCUACGGCCUGCCGUUUGUGCAACCUCAUAGCUUGUUGCUCUCAACCACAAAUGGAGCAGGAUUUGUUAUUGAGUCGAUUUAUUUAUUUAUUUUUAUUUUCUAUUCCGACCGCAAAAAAAGAAUUAUGGUGUCAUUAGCGUUGCUUGUUGAGAUUAUAUUUCUCAGCGUCUUGGUUGUAUUGAUUUUGACACUAACACAUACGCUAAAGAUCCGAGCAGUGAUCGUUGGUGGCAUCUCCAUCGCCGGUAACAUUAUGAUGUAUGCAUCUCCUCUAUCUAUUAUGAAAACGGUGAUCACGACAAAGAGUGUUGAGUACAUGCCAUUUCUACUUUCUGUAUUUUGUUUUGCAAAUGGCAUUUGUUGGUUAUCUUUUGCCCUAAUACGUUUUGAUCCAUUUGUCGCGAUACCUAAUGGACUCGGGGCGCUUUUUGGAUUGGCACAACUAAUCCUAUAUGCUACUUUUUACAAAUCAACACAAGAGAUGAUCGCGAGAAGAGAAAGUAAAGGUGAAUUGACCCCAGAAAACGUGGCUAGACCGACUAGCCCUAUUAACGGUCAAUUAGAGCUUGUAUGAAUGCUUUUAGUAUGUACAAUGUAGUACCAUUAGAAUCAUCCAAUUAGAUCAUCUUAUUUGAAAUGUAGUACCUUGUUCUUUUUAAUUUAUGGGUUCACUUUAAAUUGCUUUAA